UGCUGACGUGCUGCGGCAGUGCCGGCAGAACCGAGCCAGUCUGAGGGAGUACACCCUCUGGACUUGACCAGCAUGGAUCCUUCGGACCCUCUCGGGUCUGAUGAAGAGACGAUAGCAGAUACAGACACGUUUCCGACGACUGCAAGACCGAGCGCAGUACAGCGGUCAUCCACGAUGGCAUCAAGUCAGGAGGACAUCUGUAGAGUCUGUAGAGCACCGAGUGAGCCUGACGAUCCCCUCUAUCAGCCUUGUCGAUGUAGCGGAUCGAUCAGACAUGUUCAUCAAGGAUGCCUCGUCGAAUGGCUCUCACACUCCCACAAGGAUCACUGUGAACUCUGCAAUACGCCGUUCAAGUUUACAUCGAUCUAUGCGACGGAUAUGCCGCCCGCAACAGCUCUGCCGCUGCGCAUCAUCGUCAGCAGAGCGGCAGUACAUCUCCUCUACCUGGCCUUGUUCAUCGCGCGCGCAUUUGUCGUCCUUGGCAUAUGGCUCCUGGCAGUACCUCUCAUUACAGAGUGGAUCUGGACGCUCUUUUGGUGGUGCACACUGCCUGCGAGUGAUCAUGCCGGUCUGGACUCCACUGCAUCGUCUCUGACGACGGUCGAUUACACGCGCCUGCGCUCAGGCGACGAUCGUUCGGCGUACGACCUCACGCUGUCGUGCCAAGGCGCAACAGAUCUACCCCUCAUCAGAUUCGGUGGUGCCGCACUCCAGUUGGGCCUUAUCAGGGCUCUCAAGCAGCCAGUUGCUCCAGCAACGGCCCGCUACCUCGAACGCGCAUUGCCCCUUAGGGACGAUACAGUGUCGAAUUGGGUGUACGAACGAGCUGCCUCGGCCUUGAGAAGCGAAAGAUAUCCAGUCCUUGAAGCUGUACACAAUGUGGUACAAUCUGCUUGGCCUCACUUCAGCUUUUCGGACGUCAGCAACACGACGGGCUUCACGCCGUAUACGGGGCCGUUGCAGAAGAAUCACUUCCUUGCGCCUCUCGCAACGCGAUACAGUCAAUGCGCUGGGCUCGUAUAUCAAGUCAGGCUAGAUCCUGCGCGAUCAAAUGACGAUGGGCCUCUUGUGCCGCUCGAGGCGUCAAAGCGAAUCUUCAGGCUGCCCGUGCCUUAUUCGCCAUGGUCAAGCGAGACCGGUCGCGCAGCGCCAUGGCAAGGCGAGCUACGCAUACACGACCUACAAGCCUGGAAAGUGCUUCGAUCAAUCUGGACACGCCACUUGAGCCACGCGGAUACGCCGAUAUUGGCACCGUCCCAUCGCGUCAUGGUCAGCAGCAAGAGCCUUGGCUGGUUCAAGCGACAGGACUUUGAAUCCAUCAAACCAGUCCUCAAGCGACUCGGCAAAGAGGCCUUCAAGGGGCAGAUCAUCGCCGCCGCCAUCGUCAUUGCCUUCAUCCUCGUCUUUCUCUUGCGCGAAUGGGUCAUGCAGAACGCGCCCCUGCCAGAACCGAACGAGGCUAUAGCGCUAGCUGUACCACCUCUACCUACCCAAGACGAUGCGGCAUGGGUCGACGAGGAGACACUCGAUGGUGAAGAGAUAGACGACGAUGCGCAGCAAGACUGGACCGAUGCGCGGCCUCAUACACGUUUACAUCGUCGCGAGCCAGAUGCUCUGCGUGGGGCGGCUGCUCGGCCUGUGCGUUGGGUACCCGCUCCUCCGCCCCCUCAACCGCCCCGAGGCAUAUUUCAAGAACAGGAUGAUGACGAUCAUCCCUUCGUCGAGGCGGAUGAAGACGCUGAAGAGGAUGCAUUCGACGGCGAACGUUUCGACGAGCUCGAAGGAUUGCUCGAAGCGGUCGGUAUGCGUGGAAGUCUGAUCGUGCUUUUCCAAAACGCAGCUCUGAUCGUUUUAGCCAUGAUGUUUGCACUCUCGCUGACGGUCUGGCUACCUUAUCUGGCUGGCAACAUGGCAUGGACAUUCAGGAGUAUACCCUUGCAGGCCGUCUCCGCACCGAUACGUGCAGUCAAGACGCUGACAGAUCCCGUCGUCCGACUUGUCCUCAAGCUGUCAGCAAAAUCAUGGCCGCUUCUGUCGAAUAGUCAAACAUGGCAGCGACACAUUGUGCCUCUGAUACGUCAGCAUACGCUUGCAAACGACACAUCGAGCGACAUCAAGCAGAGCUACUACUCCCUUCGCGAGGCUCUGCACAGUCAAAGCCUCGUCGAUCCUGUCAUUGAUGCCGUGUGCAGUCCUUCUGUGAUAGGACGGCUCAGUUGCGUCGCGCUCGGCCACGCCUCUAUCAUAACGCUAGGUCUCAUCGCCAUCUUCGUCUUGCCGAGUGUGACUACACGGAUGUUGCGCCAAGAAGUCAUCAAGACGAUCACGCAAGCGCUACAGCUGUGGAAAGUAACCAUGUUCAUCAUCGUCGAACUCUUCGUCUUUCCCUUGCUCUGCGGCUGCCUCAUGAACGCAUGCAGCGUACCUCUGAUAGCAGGCUCGACUCUGACAUCUCGGGCAAGGAUGUUCUUGCUGGCACCUUGCACCGCGACUUUCUUGACCUGGUUGGCCGGUACUUGCCUGAUGUAUACCUUUGCGCUUUGGAUCGAUCUCUGUCGAGUCACCUUCAGAGAGGGCGUUCUAUGGUUCAUCAAGGAUCCGUCGGAUCCAGCGGCGCAUCCGAUCAAAGACAUCCUCACUGCUUCGACAUUGACCCAGAUCGGCAAGCUCAUCAAGAGCGCGCUGCUAUAUGCUAUUGUCAUCUUGCUUGUCAUUGGCUGCCCCGUCUACGCCCUACAAGCCAUAGGAAUUCUGCCUUUGCGGAUGGACAGUGCCUUGUCGAUGACGAGCGGACCAGUUGAUUACCUGUUCGUAUACGCCCUCGUCCCGCCCACCAUCAAGCUUUGCAGGCCACGCAGUAAAGUAUGGCGACUUUUCGUCGCUUGGUGCAAACUUACAGCGCAUCAACUGCGCCUUUCGUCCUUCCUCUUUGGCAAACGCCGGCCGGAUGAAGAAGUCAGUCAUGCACGAGGAGACUCAUGGCAGCGUCUGUGGCGGACACAUGCAGCCCGACCGUCGACAGACACGAGCUCUGCUCCCCGACCGAGUGGCCAUCUCGCUCGAGUACCAGCUUCAGAUAUCGUCAAGGUCGUCAAAGGCCGCAAGAUGGUCAUACUCGUCGACGAAGCGUCCCAGCCUCUCGAACCUCGCAACAUCGCGCACGUAGAGGCCCAGAAUCACGAUGCUGGCACGGCAAACCACUUUACUGUGGUCUACCUUCCGCCGCAAUUCUAUCAGCGUGUCUUCCUGUUCGGCUACUUGCUAUGGCUGACGGGUAGCAUCGCUUUCACGACUGCUCUCGUCGUACCAUUGCUUACCGGUCGUUUAGCGGGCGAGAUCUUGUUUGGCCGACAAGUGCACGACGCACACGCUCUUCUCCUAGGUAUCUACCUAGUGCUCGGCGUCUACGGGUUAGCGACUGCGACGGCCCGAGCCGUUCAGUCUCACCGCUCGACAGAUCUGUCGCCCACGGCCCUUGCACAUUCUCUGCGGCGAGGACUGGGUGUGAUCUACUUCGGCGUCGUCGCGAGCUUCAUCAUGCCCGUGCUCAUGGCAAUCUGCACACGCACUAUUCUAGCGACUGUCGUUGCACGGUCAUCGUCUGGCGCACUCGUUGUCGAGAUCACGCUUCUGCGCGCAUGGACGGAAGGGGCCAUCACAUUGGCGUUCUUGUGGGCAUACGAGGAGCGAUUCGGCCUCAAGCCGUUCGUGCCGCGUCAUGUCAGGAUAACAGCUCACAACGCGCUCUAUCACGAUGAAGGACGGGGCUACGUCAAGACGAUGCUUCUCCUCAACGAGAACUUGAUCGCGCCGCUCUUCACCAGUAUGCUCGGCAUGGUCGCUGCACCCGCCAUCAUCGCCAGCGCACUUGCUCAUCUCUACCCGACGCACGCUCAAGGCAUCACCUCGUCCGUGUACAAACUUGCCGGAGGCCUGCUUUCGGCUCAUCUUGUCUCGCGCUCAAUGUCAAAGUACGCCAAGAUGUGGCUAGCACGAAUCAAAGAUGAGGUCUAUCUGGUCGACCGCCGCCUUCGGAACUUUGGCGAUGACUCUCCUGAUACCGAAGUGAGCCAAACACUGUUCUCUCGCCCAGCUCUGGCCGCCACACCCGUUGGGCCAGAGAAUCUCCUGCCACAUGAUGGGCAGGAUCCCGAACUAUUCAUCUGAUCAUCUGUCUAGAUCGCUCGCAAAGUGCAGUGUAAAUGUUGUACAUGCAUUACAAGGUCGAACAACAACUGACAGAGGGAGAAGA